AUGGAUUUGAUUAAGAACGGCUGGUUCAGUGAAGUCCACGAUUUGUGGCCGGGCCAAUGUUUCUCGUUGAAAGUCAAGGAGGUGCUCUAUAAAGAUAAAUCGGAGUAUCAGGAUAUCCUUAUAUUCGAAUCUACUAACAAUGGUAGAGCGUUAAUUCUCGACGGUAUUGUGCAAUGCACGCAAAAAGAUGAAUUUUCGUACCAAGAAAUGAUAACAUUCAUACCCCUUUGCGCCCAUCCUAACCCCGAAAGGGUGCUUAUAGUAGGCGGGGGCGACGGAGGCGUUGCUAGGGAAGUACAGAAACAUCCCUCUGUCAAAGAAAUCGUUCAGGUGGAAAUCGACGAGAAAGUGGUCAAAGCGAGCCAAAAGUACCUCCCGUUCAUGGCGAAAGGCUUCGAUUCGCCCAAGCUCACACUGAAGAUCUGCGACGGGUUCGAGUACAUGAAGAACCACAACAACGAAUUCGAUGUCAUCAUAACCGAUUCAUCGGACCCCAUCGGCCCCGCCGUCAAUCUCUUCACCGAAUCCUACUACAAGCUCCUCAAAACCGCCCUCAAACCCAACGGCAUAAUCAGCUGCCAAGCGGGCACGGUGUGGACCGACCUGGAGCACGUCAAACAAACGAUGGGCCACUGCAGGAAGCACUUCGGCAACGUGAAGUACGCCUAUUCGAGCGUGCCGAGCUACCCCGACGGGCAAAUCGGUUAUUUGAUCGCCAGUUUGGACGACACCAACGACCUCAGACAGCCGAAAUUCACGUUCACCGAACGCCAAUUGGACGAGUUGAACGUCAAAUUCUACAACGACGAGAUCCACGGCGCCGCGUUCGUGCUGCCCAAUUUCGUUAGAAGGGAAUUGUACAAGUAA